UGAAAUCUGAUCGCGUGCCAGAAAAGCGUGUGAAGCUAGUGACCCCUAAACAACGCCUGGCCACGACCAGGCAUGUGCGGCCACUGAGCGUUCGGGCAGCGGCAAGGCACAGACCGCCAUGGAGAAUUCUGUGGCCCCCUGCGUCCUUUACCCAGGGGACCGCAGCGUCAGCGGGACGGAGCCUGGGGCUCCGGGAGAGGGCAGCCUGCAGCCGCCGGCCGCGGGGGAGGGCGCUGCGUCCCCCACGCAGACACCCUGCAGUCUCCGCGCGUCCCUGUGCUUCAGCUCCGGGGACGACUCUCCGCCGCAGUCUCGCGCUGCCGCCGCGGAGGGCACGGCGGCUUCCUCGCCCUCGCACCGCAGCGGCCAGCGCGUGGUGGAGACGCAGUGGGAGGUCAGCAGCGCGGGCGCCGCGUCGCCGGAGGAGCUAGUGUCCCCGGAAGAGCCCGUGUCCCCGGAGGAGCGCGCGCCCCCCGAGGAUCCCGUGUCCCCGGAAGAGCCCUCGUCCCGCCAGGAGCGCGCGCGCCCUGCGGAGUCUCUGUCCCUGGUGGAGUCUGAGUCCCAGGAAGAGCUCGGAGAGCCCGCGCCUGUGCCCCCCGGGGUCGGGACCGCGCACGGAGAGCCCGACCUGGUUAUCGAGGUGUCCGGCCGGCGGCUGCGGGCGCACAAGACGGUGCUGGCGGCGCGCAGCGACUACUUCCGCGCGCGCGCGUCGCGGGACGUGCUGCGGGUGCAGGGCGUGAGCUUCGCGGCGCUACAGCUGCUGCUGGCCGACGCGUACAGCGGACGCAUGGCGGGCGUGCGGCCCGACAACGUGGCUGAAGUGGUGGCUGGCGCGCGCCGCCUGCAGCUGCCUGGCGCCGCGCAGCGCGCCACCGACGCCGUAGGGCCGCAGCUGACCUUGGCGAACUGCUACGAAGUGCUGAGCACCGCCAAGCGGCAGCGGCUGUCGGAGCUGCGCGACGCCGUCUACCGCUUCAUGAGCGACCACUACCUGGAAGUGCUGCGCGAGCCCGCUGUGUUCGGGCGCCUUUCGGGCGCCGAGCGCGACUUGCUGCUGCGCCGCCGUCUGCGCGCCGGCCGCGCCCGCCUGCUGGCCGCCGCGCUCGGGCCAGCCGGGGAGCGCUCAGGCAGCCGCCCGCAGAGCCCGUCAGGGGACGCGGACGCGCGCGGCGACGCGGCAGUCUACUGCUACCACGAGGCGGCCGGCGAGUGGCGCGAGCUGACGCGGCUGCCCGAGGGCGCGCCGGCGCGCGGCUGCGGCCUGUGCGUGCUCUACAACUACCUUUUCGUGGCCGGCGGCGUGGCGCCCGCGGGCCCUGAUGGUCGCGCGCGCCCGUCCGACCAGGUCUUCUGCUACAACCCGGCCACCAACAGCUGGAGCACCGUGCGGCCGCUGCGUCAGGCGCGCUCGCAGCUGCAGCUGCUGGCGCUGGACGGCCACCUGUACGCCGUGGGCGGCGAGUGCCUGCUCAGCGUGGAGCGCUAUGACCCGCGUGCCGACCGCUGGACCGCGGUGGCCCCGCUGCCCCGGGGCGCCUUCGCUGUGGCGCACGAGGCCACCACCUGCAAUGGCGAGAUCUACGUGUCGGGGGGCUCCCUCUUCUACCGCCUGCUCAAGUACGACCCUCGACGCGACGAGUGGCAGGAGUGCCCGUGCAGCAGCAGCCGCGAGCGCUCAGCCGACAUGGUGGCCCUGAAUGGCUUCAUCUACCGCUUCGACCUAUGCGGGGCUCGAGGUGAAGCUCAGGCGGCGGCCGUUCCCGGCGGCGGGGUCAGCGUCUUCCGCUACCACUGUCUAGCCAAGCAGUGGAGCCAGUGCGCCGCGCACCUGCGGCCUCCGGGCGCCCCGGCCGGCCUGCAGCCCUUCCGCUGCGCCGCCCUGGACGGCACAAUCUACUGCGUGAGCCGAGCGGGCACCUGGCGCUUCGUGCCCUCACAGGAUGGUGAGCCCGGCGGCGACGCGGGCGCCGGCGGCAGCUUCGAGCCAGAGCCACUGGGAGCCCCCCUGGACAUCCGGGGCACACUCUUCCCAUUUGUGCUCAACCUGCCUGAGAAGCCGGACCGGGGGGAGCAGGGCGCGGCCUAGGGCAGGCCGGGAUCACUGGGCAUCUCCCUUGGGCAGC